UCUGUGGGCUUUAUUCAUUCAGUUUACAGUAGGUCCUGGGUAAAAACUUUCCAGUAUAGGUAUAUAAACGAUUAGCCGUGACCUGAGGGAUUAGGGAAGUCUCAGGUAGUUGGAGAAUCUAUGGAACAUUUAGAUAAUGAACUAAAGUAUACCAAUCUGUAGCAUCAAUCAGAGCACAAAAGAUGAUUGGUGGAAUGAAACUUUGCCUAGUUGCAUUGACAACAAUAUUGAUGAUCAAUGAAAUUAGUGGAAACUUAGAGAUAACUAAAGUUUGUCCAGAAGGAGAAACCAAAGGAUCAUUCAGCUACAAUUUAACAAAUAACCUUAAUCGUGAGGUCAGGGUGUCUAUAAAAGAAAGUGUUGAUACUCUAGAAAACAAGGAGGUGCUGCUGAAUAACACCAAUCAAGUAACAAUUGAAGCUGGGGGCACAAAGACAGGGAGAACUACAAACAUUGAAAACAGUGGCCCAGGAAUGUUGACAUUUUACUACCGUGUCUCAGUAUCCGGUGAUCUUCAGUUUACUAAGCAUACCCCCUGUGUGUUAAAAAAGAAGCCUACUGAACAACCUGGAUCCGAUGGAUCUUUAAUUCAUGGGAGCUUGCUAUUGCUACUCAUAUCACUCCUAACCUUCAUGUUUUCCUAGAUUACACUGAGAAGUUAUGUUGUUUUUAAAGUUUCUCUCUAUUAUUAGAGUGUUAAGACUGCAACUCACUUGUUUAAGUAUGUCACAACAAGUUCAUCAUGUUCUGUCAGAUUAGCCAAAUAAUAGCUUCAUGGAGUCGAGUGCUCAGGUAAAACUUUUGUAAACAGAGAGCAUAAAUGAAAAAUGUAAAUACAUAACAUUAAUGUGGUUUGGAUUAUCUCCAUUACUUUCAACACCAAACAUCAGUGGAACAUACAGCAAAUCAAAUACUGUUGAGAAAUAAAAUAAAUCUAAAUCAAUCUUCUCUUCUCUAUUUUUAAUUACAGAUAUGGUCAAGAUAACUUUCAAAGUGAAUGCUCCAUUUAGAACCUUUUAAAGGUCAUGGUCCCAUUUACUAGUCCAG